CUUGAUGUUAAUCUAGCUGUAUAAAUUUUGUUGUUGUUGCUCUUUGUUCGUCGUCUGCUAGAAUUUGAAUGAUACUGAGAACUGUAACAGUUUUCGUAGUCCAACCUUUUAAUUUUAAAUUUAAAAAUAUGUUUAAAAUAUUAGAAAUAUUUGCUAGAUUCGCCUGAAAAUUAUAAAAUUUGCUCCAAGUACUAUGGAAAGCGAAAAUAUUCCAUCUGCCAUAACCUCUUUUACUGCAGGUGCAGUUGCUGGUUUGACAGUGGACGUUGCUCUAUUUCCCUUGGAUACUCUGAAGACAAGGAUACAAAGUGAGAAAGGGUUUUGGAAAUCAGGAGGCUUCAAACAAAUUUACAAAGGCAUCGGGCCAACUGCAGCUGGUUCUGCCCCUUGUGCUGCCAUAUUUUUCUUGACGUACAAUGAGACAAAGGGGUUUCUCCAGCCUUACAUUGGUGGAAAUUGGAGCCCUGUUUGUCAUAUUAUUAGUGCAAGCGUUGCUGAAGUGACAGUGAAUGUGGUGAAAGUUCCUAUAGAGAUAGUGAAACAGCGACGGCAGACAACGAAAGGAGUGUCUACGCUAGCCAUAGUUCGCAAAGCAAUACACAAUGAGGGGCUGCGCGGGAUGUACCGGGGCUUCGUUAGCACUGUGAUGCGUGACGUCCCAUUCUCUGUUAUACAGUUCCCAUUGUGGGAGGCGCUUAAAUCCCACAUCCAGAUGAUGACAGGGGAGGAAGUGACUCCCGCCCAGUCUGCAUUCUCCGGAGCAGCUGCAGGUGCUGUAGCAGGGGCAGCGACAACACCGUUAGACCUGGCCAAGACUAGAAUCAUGUUAGCGGAGCACAGGCCUCAUUGUCCUAGCGAGACCCGAAUGCUGCCAGUUUUAAGAGAAAUCUAUCGGCUCAAGGGCUUGCAAGGAGUGUUUGCAGGGUUCGUUCCCAGGACAGUAUUUAUCUUCUUGGGAGGAGGUGUUUUCUUUGGGUGCUAUGACUUCGCAAGAGGAGUUGUUGAAUCAAUGCCUUUCUUCAAGCAUAAAAGCAAAGAGAGCUAAUAUUAAGUUGAUCUCACUAUAGUAAAUGCGACUAAAAUAGUAUUAAGAGAAGAAGCGCACCAUAAUGCUCGUUCUGUAAAUCUCAAAUAUUGCUACUUCCUGUAGUUUACACGAGGAAGACAACCAACUGCUUGCAGAACUUGCAGUGAUGUUGAACCAAGAAUCUUUGUAGAAGAAAAUUUGUUUUCUUGGUAACUGUAAGUUUAUUUUAGAUAUUGUUACCUACUGUCCAAUACAUAAAAAUAUUAUGUUCUUACUUCUUUGUGUUUAUUUCAGAUUGUAAAGUGUAAACAAGACAACACUUAAGAAUAUAUUUUUAGACAAUUUUCUGUAUAUAAAUAUGCUGCCACCAUUAAUGUUGUGUUAAACUUGAUACAUUAAGUUAUAGACUUUCCUUUGAAAUAUCAAACCCAAAAUUAUUUAUUUAAACAUAUACAUUAAGACUGUACAACCUUCAAAAAUUAUGGUUGGUUCGUUUUUAUUUAAUGUUGACUUAAUAAUGAAGAAUAAAACCAAUAAUAUUUAUAUUGUUGAGUAUGAUAAAAUAAUGAUUAGAAUUUCACUACUGCGAAAUAACUAUGUAUAAAAACUAGCAAUGGUUUUGUUCCCUUGAGUCUUUUAAAAAUAUAGAUAAAUAAAUAUUAACAUGAAUUUUUCAAACAAUCUUUGUUACAUUCAUCUUUUUAUUUGUUUCGCCAUUUUUGUUUUACUUUCUAUGUUCUUAAUUCAUGUCUUAUAAAUUAUUAUAUUUUAAAAAUUUAUUUAUUUAUCAAAUUACUAUUAGAAUGUCCUUUAUUAUCAAUUACUGCAUGUACUUGGUUAAUAAAAUGUUGAGGAAA